AUCAGUUCUGGUUUCCAUGUGAAACAGUCCUUUCUGAAAAUAAAAAGCUUGGUGCGUGCAUGAACUCCUCCGAAGUGACUGGAACCGGUUCAAGGACUGUUCUCUGGGAUGAACUGAUUCCCAAGGCUUGAAAUGGGAAAGGACGUUUCCCCUGUACAACUCUGCACUCAGGUCCCACCAACCUGUAACUUCAGCCCUUGGUUGUUUGCUUGAGGCCACAUCAAAGGAGAGUCCCAAACUGAAGGUGGUUCUGAGGGAGCACUGAGAGCCAAGCAGAGGCAGCCACCUAGGAAGCUUUUCUUCUUGCACAACCCUAUUCCCAGGUGCUAAAUAAUCCAAAGAAAGAGAUGAGUUACCGUGGCCUGUGCAUGGGGCAGCACACAGUACAGCAGAGUGCUGAGGGAGAGCUAGAAAAGGACAGUUCUAGAAGGUAUUUAAUUUAUUUGAGAUUUUUAUUAUUAUUUGGGGGUAAAAUGAGGGAGAAAGAGAGAUGUUUCUUUGUGCAGGGCAUUCUUUAGGAACAUCCCUACAAAGACAGUCGUGGGUGCAGACGGCUCCUUUCAGGUAGAAGGAUGAUCUUGGAGAGUUGCUUGUUUGGAAGCACCAAAAAAGCAGAGAGAUGCAGCCAGCCAGUGCCCCACAGGAAGAUGAGUGGAAGGUGCACGAGCUUGUACAUCAAGAGGUCAUUGGGCACUGCCAGUCCCCUUCCAGCUCUCCCAGAUGAGUAUAGCCAGGGAGGACGGACAAGGAAGCUGGUCUUCCUCUGAGAGCAGGAAUAUCUCUUUGUGCAGCACUGAAGGCAAUGGGGGCAGUUAUUUUAAAUAGUGAUACAAAUGAAAGAAGCAGCACUUUUACAUCCCUGCUUUUCCACAAAACACAGUUCAACUGCUGCUAAUGGUCUUUCAGAGAUAUUUAGAUUUGACUUCGUCUUCUCCUAAGCUGAGGACAGCAGGUUGCCUGGUUGUUCCACUCCAGGCAAUGCCACCAUCUCUUAGCCUGUGUGUGCUCUGUUCAUCCUUUCCUGUCCAUACACGGCUGUGAUAAGCUGCUGAGCUGAUAAGGCAACAGGUCAGCAUCCGUCCUGUAAAACCCCACCUGAGAAGUUCAGCUUUCCAUCACGCAACCAUGAGACAUCACAUAAAAUCUGCAAGUCAUUUGGUGAAGUUCUGCUGACACAUGCUGCUGUCAGCUCCCUAAAAUGGAUUUUGUAGCCGUUGCCUCAACACCUAUCACCGGAAAAAGGAAAUCAAUCUCAGAGCACGGAGACCUGAUGCUGACCUGAGACAGCUGUGACUUUUGUUCCUGAGCUCACCUAUUUUUUUCCAAGUGUGGGAGCUGGUAUUUUCAACUGUGAACUUUGUUUUCUGAUGGCCUUAUGUGGCUGUGAUGUCAGUGCCCUCCACAUGAGUGAAGAGCUGGGCUUUCACAACUGACUGGGAACCUCCCUGUUUCUUCCCCAGAACCUGAGUGACUCUCAGGAUAUAGGUAAGUGAAAUGGCAAAUGCCAUGUCACAGUUCCUUGGCCAGGGAAGAAGGCUGCUGAUGUACCCUGCAAGCACUGCACAAGGCCCCUGGUUGGGAGCAGCCCCUAGAACCUGGGGAAGAUCUGGAAAACCAGGGAUUUAUUCCCAGCCUGGUGAGCUCAGUGCUGUCCCAGGCUCGCUCCACGCUCAGCUUGGAGAGUUUGUUUGGUGCUCGGUUCCAUGGCAUCCGCGUCACCACCAUCUCCUAGCGACAGGGAACAAGUCCCUGAGGCAGGAAUUCCCAGUCAGGCUGGGCUGGAUGGCAGCACCCGGCUGCUGCAGCCUCUCGGCUGCUUUUCAGGAGUACCUGCAGCACCUGGCGCUGCAGGACUUCCCCUGUGGCCUUGGCAGCUGGAACAAAUCCUGCCUCAGUGGCCACAGGAGCCCCCACAGGGUCCAGCCCAGGCAGGAGGAGGCUGUGCUGGACGAGGAGACCCCUGAGGCGCUGCUGGAGCUGCUGAGGGACCAGCACAGCCCCUGGGCACUGCCCCAGGACUGCAGUCCCCAGGACCAGCUCCUGAAGGAGAUGGCUGUGCUGGCACCAGAGCUCGUCCAUGGCUCCAAAGUCUACCAGGUCCUCAAGUCCCUGCGGAUGGUUGACAAGGGAGUGGAGGAGGUCGAUGAGGGUGUGUUGCAGUUCCAGCAGCUGGAGGAGCUCAUCCUCAGUGCCAACCAGAUCAGCAGGAUCACCUCGGCCAACCUGCCCCGGACACUGAAGGUCCUGGAGCUCUGCUGCAACACUGUGUGUGAUCUGGAGGACCUGUGCUCUCAGCCUCCUCCAGAGCUCCAGCACUUGGGGCUGGGACACAACAGGCUGUGCGGCCCUUCCCAGGACAAGUUCCUCACUGAGGAUUUCUGGCCAAACCUUAUCUCCCUUGACCUGAGCUUUAACAACCUCACGGAUCUGCUGGGGCUGGUCUCCCAACUGUCCAGUCUGCAGAAGCUCCGCAUCCUGGUGCUCCAAGGGAACCCCCUGGCUUUCAUCCCCACCUACAGAGGCUUCCUCGUGGACAGCCUGUCCAAGCUGUCCAUCCUCGAUGACAUCUACAUAGGGCCUGAUGAGAGGCAGCAGUUCCAUGGCUUGGCGAGGCAGCCAGAACUAAGCAGGAGUGAAGCUCGAGUGGUUGUGACUGUUGGGGAGAUGAAGGGAGUCCCUGAUCCCAGUGCUCUCCAGCAGCUGGAUGUUGACUCCGAGGCCCCAGUGAUCACCUGCAGCUACUUUGUCACCUACGAGUUUGCAGAGGGAGAGGAGGAGUCUGAGGAGGGAGAGGAGCUCAAGGAUGAGAGCAACACUGAGGUAACAAAAACCCACCAGAGUUCCAUGGUGACCAUGCUGGAUGUGGACAGCUCUGCUCAGGACACAGGAGAAACAAAGAACCAGCAGGACCCUGCAGCCAUGGAGGAGCCAAAGGCUCGCUCUGCAAAGGUGUUUGCCACCCCUGGAAAGCCCUGGGCAGACACCAUCGACUGCAGCUACACAAAGGAGCACAUUGCCAAGGACUUGGUGGGGCUGAAGUCCUACCUGGCAGCUGGAACAAUUGUGUCGGUUGUGGAGGAGAAGGUGCUCUCAUGGCCUGUAGAUGCUGACCCAGAAGAAAACUCAGUCAUGAAUAAGAAGGAAAGACAGGACAGUGCCAAGCCUCCUGCCUCCAGGGACAAGAAAAAGAAGCAGCAGCAGCAGCUGCCACGUGAACUCCGCAGUGACCCUCCCAUUCUGAGCACCCUGGGCACCACCAGGGUGACCUUGGAGGCCCUGCUGGCCACUGAGGACCUGGUGGCAACUGUGUGUGACUUUGGGAUCCUGAUCACUGAGAAACCACCAGAAUCACCAGUUCCAGAGGAGAAGGAUGAGAAAAAAGGCAAAGACAAGAACAAAAAACCAAAAGAAGAAGGAAAAGGAAAAAACAAAGACACUGCUGAGCUGGAGGAAGGCCAAGAGCUCCAGCCGGUGCCACUGACAGUUCAAUUCCAGAUGCAGCUGCUUCGGUGGCCCUUGGCAGUCAGUGCCCAGAGCCAGGAGGACGAGGCCGUGGCAGAGGAGAAAACCCAGUAACGUGUCCAUAGCCGGGUGAGAAAUAAACUACACGGGAACGCUACGUGGA